CAGAGAUCGUAUAAGUGCUGCCAAACUCUAUCGGAAAUAUUUUGGCGUUUAAUUGAAAAGUAAACGAAAAGCAAGGAAAUUAUUGAAUAAAAUGGAAAAUUUUCAAUUGCAAGAUGAAGUGCAGUCGUUGCAAAAAUUGAGAGAACACUAUGAACACCAACUGCGCUUACUAGGACUUGAACUUUGUGACUUGCCUGAUGAUGUUGGUGCUAUGAUAGAAGAGUGUGUGGAGCUCCAGCAAGUCACACAACUGCAUGAUCUUCAACUGAGCUACUUAAAAGAGUUUUAUUAUAACAAACUCAAAGAGCAUUUAGAAAAUAAUCUUACUAUUGCAAAAAUGCAAGCAGAAAUUGACGAACAGGAGAAGCAGUUACAAAGAGAAAUUGCGGAAUGCGCUUUACUUGAGAAAUUCACAACUUCGGUUAAUAAACGCCUGAUUUCUGAAUCCGAAAUGCAGCGGAACAAAAUUAUCAUAGAGGGGAAAAUACACACUUUAAAAGAAAAACAGAAUGGAUUCAAUAUACCAGACGAUUUAAAUAUAGAUGAAUUAGUGAAGAAAGUUGAAGUGCUGGAGAAAACCAAAUCAAAAGAAAAAUAAAUGUGUUAACAACUGAACCAUUCUGAACAAAGACUGCCCCCGGUAGUCAGAGGGUGUAACAAUAAAUCUAAAUCUGUUUAUAUUUUUAGUAUUUUCCAAGUCUUACUUGUGAUGUUGAUUUAUAUGAAGAAAGAUCUGCAAAGCUCAAGCUGAAUUGCGAUUACAAUGUUCGGUGAAACCGAAGUUCCUGAAUUAAGCUGUAUAUUGGCGCUGAAUUUAGAGUUAUUGUCGAUAUUAUUAUUUUUUUUUUAUACGGCAUUUAAGUUUGGUUCAGUUCUAAUUUUUUAAAAAUAUAGGCAUUUACACUAAAAAUAAAACUACAUAAUGAAUAGAAUGUUCGUAUGUUUUGAAGUUAACUACUUUUAAGUUAUAA